AUGGCAAAAGUACAAGCACUUAUUCGGAUUAGGCCAUUAUCGGCUGAGGAGAAGAGAAACCAAAUGAAGAAAGGUUGGACUAAAAUUGGCGAUCGAGGUAUUAUUCAGUAUUUAGGAGGUGAUGGUUCUGAGAUAUCUUCUCAGGCCAUGUUCUUUGAUUGGGUUUUUGGUGAACAAGAGACUAAUGCUGAUGUUUAUGCCCAUAUGGCUAGUUCAAUUGAACAGGCACUUUUAGGCAUAAAUGUAUGUGUGAUUGCUUAUGGCCAGACUUCUUCUGGAAAGACUCAUACUAUGCGUGGGUACUUAGUUCAGGACCAACUAAGUGCUUGGCUACCGGCUGAUAAGGAAAACAAACGAGUCCGAUCGGACUCAGAUCCUGGUAUUAUCCCACGAGCCCUUCAAGCUCUCUACCAGAAGAAAACAAACCAACAGAUAAGUAUCUCUUUUAUUGAGGUGUACAAUGAGUGUAUUUAUGAUUUACUAGGUGAUUCAACUGAAAACCUCCAAAUUAGAGAAGGAGUAUCAGGUGAAGUUUACAUUCAAAACGUAACGGAAAAAGAGGCCAAAACCGUCCAAGAAGCUCUACAAAUCUUCUUGACAGGUGAUAAAUCGCGUAAAGUUGCUGCCACACGUAUGAACCGAGAAAGCAGUCGUAGUCAUGCUUUACUUAAAAUCAAAAUCAAAGUGUCCGGUCAAACCACUUCAGCUGUUUUUGUUGAUUUAGCUGGUUCAGAACGGCAUAAAUUAGCCCAAACUGAAGGAAAGUCUCUUAAAGAAGGAGCAUGUAUCAACAAAAGUCUUCUGGCCUUAACUACAGUUAUAUCUAAAUUAUCACUUAAACAAACCCAUAUUCCUUUUCGUGAUGCUAAACUCACUCGAAUUCUUCAGCCUAGUCUUACUGAAGGUUCACUUACUCUCUUAAUCUGUGCCGUUUCACCCAUUCCUAAGUGUACAGAAGAGACUCUUUCCACUCUUAAUCUAGCCAGUCGAGCCAAGAACAUUGAUAUUAAACCAGCACCUAAACCUCCUAAGACAUCCAUAACUACUCGCAUUCAUCGCCUGAUUAAUUCUACUCAGUCCCUGCGUAGUAGUAUUACUCAGGCCAAAGAAGACCUUACUGCUACUAAAACUCUCUUAGAUACGGCCGAAGAAGAUAUCCAAUUUCUCACUACUGCCCUCGCCCAUCCUCCACCUUCUUUUUCUAAUCCACUCCCACCCCCACCUUCUAAACCUCUAUCUACCGCCCAUCCAGCCCAUGCCCAAGCUAACUUAGCCGAACUACUAGCCGAGCUCAAACACACUAAAGCCAAGCACCUCACUCGACUUUCCGAACUUUCAGAUUCAGUCCAAUACCUUCUCAAACAAGAAAAGUACUUCUCCGCCGCCAUCAAACCACCACCACCAACUGCCACUCUCCUCCAGCAUCUAGUUGAAGGCGACAAACUCAUUCAACAACAAAGAGAGCAAAUCAAAACUCUCCUCCAACAAACCAACUCAACUCAAUCCAAUCCAACCCAAACCAGCACCACUCAUCCCAAUCUUACUUUCGCCCUAGAAAUAGACCGUCUCAAGAAAGACUUCCAAAGAGAAAAGCGCAUUCUCCAACUCAAAAUAGCUCAACUUGAAUCCCAGCACAACUCCACCAACUAA